AUGUUUAGUGUGCCUAAAAGGCGCACCUGGAUACCAGAGGGUUAUUUUUCCCCUUCUGUUGGCGUGCAGAAUAACAACGUGCAGUGGACUGGGCAGAGUUUAGAAUCAGGACAGGAGAUCUGCCCGGCUGGCAACAACAACGACGACAACAACGACGACAACAACAACGACAAUGACAACAACAACAACGACAACAACAACAACAACAACGACGACGACGACAACAACAACUACAACAACAACGACAACAACAAUCACAACUAUGAUGACAACAACAACGACAACAAUAACAACAAUGACAACAACGACAACAACAACGACAACAACAACAACGACAACAACAACUACAACAACUACAACGACAACAACAAUCACAACUAUGAUGACAACAACAACGACAACAAUAACAACAACGACAACAACGACAACAACAACGACAACAACAACAACGACAACAACAACUACAACAACAACAACGACAACAACAAAAAUGACAACGACAACAACAACGACAACAAUAACAACGACAACAACAAUGACAACAACAACAAUGACAACAACGACAACAACAACGACAACAACAUCAACAACAAUGACGACAACAACAACAACGACAACAACAACAAUGACAACAACAACAACGACAACAACAUCAACAACAAUGACAACGACAACGACGACAACAACGACAGCCAGGAUGUCACUGUAAACCUCCGUCCCGGUCUGUGCCAGUCUGGUCCGGUACCUCUGGGACAGAUUACAGCCCUUUGCUCCCCACUGUUCCCCAUCCUGGCCUCUCCUGCUGUGACAGACUGCUCCUUGUCCUUUGCCAUGGCUAGAGGCUGUUAA